UAAAGGCCUGUCCACACGAUCGGGCCUGAUCGGCGGACUUCCCCUCUAACGGGCACACUUGACGGGCAAACCGUCAAAUUGCCCGAUGGGUCUUGUAGCAAAAUCACCAUGGUGGUGCCCGAUGGCUUGAGCUUCGACCCUGGCAGACGUACGUUAACCAUAUACAUUUCUUUUUCUGAGCCAUUCUUUGCACCAUAUUCUCUUCUUUUUCAUCAUACACAAAGCAAUUAUCAUGCUACACUAUCUUCUCCUUUGCGGUAGGCACCAUGUUUAUCGUACCGCACUGAACACACUACUGGCAUCGUCGGGCUCGCCCACCUCUCCAUCGCCUCACCCGUGUGGACAACAUUCACGAAUAAGUCCGCCAGAAUUUGCCCGUCAACCCCGGAGCACGCCGAUCAGGCCCGGUCGUGUGGACAGGCCUUUAGGCCAUAAAGGGCGUGGGAACACGUCCCCCCCUCCCCGAACCCCUUGGCUACACUGCUCGGUAGCUGAACUCAAUGAACUGAAGAAGGAAUUGUAAAAGGAAUGACAGGAGUUGCAUUUAGGGGGCGAAGAGACGCCGCAAAGAAACAUGGCGAGUAAUACAGCUUCAUCCAUAUAUUGUGCAGUUUGUAAAGAGAAGAUGAAUCGUUAUGAGAAGGAACCAGUGUGCUUACCGUCCUGUGGACACUCAUUCUGCCGAGAGUGUCUAAUUGGCAUUAAUGAUGCAGUAGGAAGAAUAACCUGCCCAACUUGUCGCAUUUGUCACCAAGGCCAACUUCCUCAGGACCUCCCAGUUAACUGGCUUUUGCUUGAGAUGCUUGACAAAGAGAUGUUACAAUGUGCUGAGGUGGGCUGUUUGGCUAUGCUACAACAGCCGUUCGGGCAUGUAGAGUGCCGUACUCACUCGGCAUGUGCAGUACAAGUCCUGGAAGAGACAGUUUGGCAUCAUGAGAGAUGCCAAGUCUGUUAUGAUCUUUAUGCACAGAUCACAGAUGACUUGGCCCCCAAGGAUGUGAAGGAUGCGGCGCUCGCCACUUUGAAGGUCUGGGUAGGUGGCUUUGGGAGAAAUGUAGGGAAAACUAGGCCCUACAUCCUUUCUCGUGUUGUAGCUUCAGUCCUCUACCCUAACUCCAAGACUUCAGCUGUGGCAGAGGAAGUAGCGGCGCCGUAUCUACAAGCGAUUGGUGAAGAGUUCCAAGGUUUGGAACCUGUAGAGGGCCCUGAGGCAGAGGUUGUAGUGGAAGUCGGCGGCUUACACUUAUCGUCUGAGCUGAUGCAGACAGAUCAGGUAGUUGAGGCAGUAGUUAGUCCCUCUCCUUCGUUCUCCUCCUCUGACUUCCCCACUUUUCCUUCUCUUACUCCUUCUCCAGUCGCUUCUCGCGUUCCUUCUCGUACCCCGCCAGGGUUCGAGGGUUUUGGGAACGCUGAUGCAAAUAAGGCAGCGUCUGUUCGUUCUAAUGUGAAGGCCAUGAAGACCAAGCAGCUGCCUGCGAAGGUGAAGUCCGGCAUCUCGGCCCCAUCGGCUGCGGACACCACAUCUAAGAAUAAGUCUAGCCGAAGCAGCAGCAAAGACAAGUCUUCGCGUAGGACUAAGGAGAAACCUGCUACUCCUUCGGCUGCCCCUUCACCGGCUUCUACGCUGUUGGCUGCAGCGAUUCUUAGUCCGGCUCCCACUUUGACACCAACCUUACCAGCUACUUCAGGCCUUUCGUCAGCGGAAGUGCCAGUUAACUUAGAGGCUCUGGCUUCCAUUCUGGUUCAGAAAGUGAGUCAAGAAGUUGCCUCUCAAGUAGCCAGGGAUAUGGCAGCCUUGUCAGGCAGACUGGAGUCACACAUGUCUCGCACGGACCAGUCUGUAUCAGAGCUGUCAGGCAUUGUGAGUCAGCACCAAUUGUUGAUGGCUCAGACAGGCGGAAACCCUCUGCUCUUGUCGAUCUUGUCGAAUGCGGCCAAUCUGCCCCCCUUUGAAGCAGGUAAUCCGUGGCGCUUGGCUUUUGGAGCCGUUCUGCGUGACGGAAAACUUACUAUCGAAGGGUGCGGUACACGCCCUUUGGAAGAUUUUGAGUUUCACCCGGCAGACUUGCAAUCCCCCUUUUUAGGCUAUGCAAGGUUGACUAGGGAAGCUCUUGUAAGAGAGGACAAGGUUCCGGCGGAGACUCUCAUCUUCCCAAGGGAAGCGGCCCAGUCAGCUUGGCUUAGGUUCAUGAAAGAGAUGGAGUGUGUCAACACCAAGAUCACUCCAUUUAAAGGGAAGUAUACCACCUUCACUAUCCCAAAGGAUCACCCGCUGCCUUGCACCACGAAGAUCGCCGAGCUGACCCUGAAAGCAGCGGAAGAAGACAAGUCUCUUCCACAGCUAAAAGAGACAGACUUGACGUCUUUGUUGGUGCCGGAAGAUCCGACAUACUGGCAUCAAACUCCGGAGACUUUCCAGAAAGGAAAAUUAGAGACAGACUGUGCUUCAACACAAUUUAAUGAGAGACUCCUUAAACUUCCUGAGCAUCUCAUUAAGGCGGAGUUCGAAGCCAGGUGUAGGUUGAGUCGGUCACUUCACUCAAUCACUUCGGCAGAGAUGAUCGCUUCCGCCUAUCCGACCGCUCCGGAGUUUCAGGUCCUUACCAAGUCGUUGUUGGGCACUUUUCAACACGACUUGUUUGAUUUCGCUGUGGCCCGAAGAGCCUGCCGGAAGUUUGUAUUGAGACCAGCUACGAUCAGACAUGAGCCUAAUAAGCUCAUUAAAUCUUCAAUAUGGGGACCUUCCCUCUUUCCGGAGGAUUUAGUAGCUCAGGUUACUCAAGAGACAGUAAGAGUCAACCAGACACUUGCCACCAGGUGGGCUCUUAAGUUUAAGCGUCCGGCAGACCCUUCCCCAGCAAGCACUCAGAAGGCCAAGAGGCCAAAGAAGUUCCAGCAGAGAAGGUUCCAAAGAUCUCCAGCUGUGAACCAACCUUCCACUUCCAUACCUCCGCCACAACAAUCAUAUGUGUGGGUACAGGCCCCAGCACCUCAGUCUAAUUAGCCCUUGCUUCCAUCACCGGUCUACAACCAGGCUUAUGAAGCACAUACUUCCUUUCAGAAGUAUGCCCCUAGAGGAACUAGAGGAUGUGGUACCUCCAGACGGGUCGGCGGAGGAGGUGGAAGGCUCGCAAGAGCCAGAACCUACAGAGGAGGCAGAGGUUCAAGACCAUCUGGCAACCAAUGAGAUAGCCAAGAUAGGUGGGAGAUUGGCUCUGUUCAAGCACAGGUGGACAUUCAACACCUGGGCUCACAGUGUCAUAUCAAAAGGUUUGGGGUGGAGGUGGAGGAAGGGCCCACCUCCCCCAUACAAGUUUUUUCAAGCUCGGACACCAGACUUAGUAGCUUUCACUCAGGAACUACUUCAGAAAAGAGCAAUAAAAAGAGUCAGGAACAUCAAAUUUCAAGGCAGACUAUUUUCAGUUCCCAAGAAGGGCACAGACAAGAGGAGGGUGAUUCUAGAUCUUUCACGGCUCAAUUCCAGUAUAGUAUGCGACAAAUUUUGCAUGCUAACCGUGACCCAAGUGAGAACCUUACUUCCCUGUGGAGCCGUCACCACCUCUAUAGAUCUUACCGAUUCCUAUUACGUAUCAUGUGCCCAUAGCAAGGAAUGAUCACUAUGAGAGGUAUCAAACAACAGAUUCUUUACUUUAUUAAGCAAGCAGAUCCUGACUCUUUUCCCCUUGUCAUGAUGUCCGGGCAAUUGCUACCUUUAUUAACUAUUUUCAGCAUAUGAACUUUGAGGAUCUUAAAAAGUAUACUGGUUGGAAAUCUUUGGCAGUUUUCAAAUGCCACUACCUUAAAUCUCUUAAUGCACUUAAGUUCCCUGCCGUGGCUGCAGGAAGUAUCGUAGUUCCUGAAAACUCUUAACUUCCUCUUUCUAUUAAACCUCCUCUUUUCUUUCCCACUUGCCUGCCUCACCUAGUUGUUCAACCCUGCCUUCCUCUCCCUUGGGCCUUCUGUAAGCACGAGCGGGGCGGAUUGUAUUAGCUUGUUAAAGAGAUAAUUUUAUACCAAGUAUUAAUGUAUUGUUAAGGUCUAUGUUUUACCUUUAAGAUAUUACAUGUAAGCUCAUGUAUUUGUGUAUACAUUCGAUAAUUGAGUUUUCUCAGUCUGCUUAAGUUUUGAGAAGUUCCCUUUUGCUAACAAUACAAGUUGUACUUUGUGUUGGAGUUUAUAUGUAUUAAAAAUACUUUUUCUA